AUGGGAGAUGAAGGAGCUCAUUGGCAGCGUAUUGUGUACGAGAAGAACAACAAAUUCUACAAAGCCUGCAGAAAGCAAGGCCAUAGUGAGGAAGAUUGCCGAAGAAGGAAACCUCAGGAAAAUAUGGAAAACAGAGACUUAAUUCCAAAAGAAGCCAAGGGAACUCAAUCGCAAUUAAAAAUUUCAAAUGUGCCACAGCAGCAAACUUGGAAACUACAGUACAGACAGAAACAAAUUGUAGGGCAGCUAGGUAAUUCGGUGAAUGUUCAGGAUACAAUGGAGCAAUUACAGGAAAUGUAUGAGGAGGACACAGUGAGAGUGAUGGAGACUGGUGACCACUCGAGGAAAGAUAAUAGCUCUUUUUCUCAGGCUGAUACUAGAAGCCCAACUGAUCGAACGGAGGAAAUUCAUGAAGCAAAUAAGGAAACUUUGGAUAUCACAGAGGAGGAAAUUCGAGACACAAGAAAGGAAACUUUGGAGAAGACAAUGGAGGAUGUUUGGAAGACAAGUAAGGAAGCUUUGGAGACUGUAACAAUGACGAAUCCCAAUGAUCAGCUGAAAAUGCAGAAUUCUGAUUCAUUCUUGGUGGAACGUGAUUAUAGUUGUGCUGAAAAUUUGGGUCUCCCUCAGGACGAUGAAAGGGGUUUGAUUUGCGCUAAGUUACCUCCUGAUAAAGGCUUUUACUCCGUUGAAGAAAUUGGAAAUAAUCGUGAAUAUGUUGAAAUAGGCUCUCUUAAUUCAGAUAAUAAUGAGAGUUUUGAGAUAGAUUUGCAAGUGAAUGAUUCCACUCACUCUAUGAUUACUAGAUCUAAGUCUAGGAGGCAGUCAACAUCCCAAAUUUCUCAUGAUUAA